AUGCAGGCAGAAAGUGUGCAGGGCUGGUGCAUGGUCUUUGUGCACACUGGCCACACCCUCAACAAAGCCCUGCCCCCUCAACAGUCCCAUGGACUGCCAAUAACCCUGAUCACCCACUGUCCUAGGGACCUGACUGACAACCAGCUGACCACACUGCCCCUGGCUGGGCUGGGAGGCUUGAUGCACCUGAAGCUCAAGGGGAACUUGGCCCUGUCUCAGGCCUUCUCCAAGGACAGUUUCCCCAAACUGAGGAUCCUGGAGGUGCCUUACGCCUACCAGUGCUGUGCCUAUGGCCUCUGUGCCAACUUCUUCAAGACCUCUGGGCAGUGGCAGGCCGAGGACUUUCAUGCAGAGGAAGAAGAGGCACCAAAGAGGCCCCUGGGUCUCCUUGCUGGACAAGCUGAGAACCACUAUGACCUAGACUUGGAUGAGCUCCAGAUGGAGACAGAGGACUCAAAGCCACACCCCAGUGUCCAGUGCAGCCCUGUUCCAGGCCCCUUCAAGCCCUGCGAGCACCUCUUUGAGAGCUGGGGCAUCCGCCUUGCUGUGUGGGCCAUCGUGCUGCUCUCGGUACUCUGUAACGGGCUGGUGCUGCUUACAGUCUUUGCUGGCGGGCCCAGCCCGUUGUCUCCUGUCAAGCUUGUGGUGGGUGCGAUCGCUGGCGCCAACGCCCUAACGGGCAUUUCCUGCGGCCUCCUGGCCUCAGUGGACGCCUUGACCUUCGGCCAGUUCGCGGAGUAUGGAGCCCGCUGGGAGACCGGGCUAGGCUGCCAGGCUACGGGCUUCCUAGCCGUCCUGGGGUCGGAGGCGUCGGUGCUGCUGCUCACACUGGCGGCCGUGCAGUGCAGCGUCUCUGUGACCUGCGUCCGGGCCUACGGGAAGGCGCCGUCGCCGGGUAGCGUCCGCGCAGGCGCACUGGGAUGCUUGGCGCUGGCUGGGCUGGCCGCCGCGCUGCCGCUGGCCUCGGUGGGGGAAUAUGGUGCCUCCCCGCUCUGCCUGCCCUACGCCCCUCCCGAGGGCCGCCCGGCAGCCCUAGGCUUCGCCGUAGCCCUGGUGAUGAUGAACUCGCUCUGCUUCCUGGUGGUGGCCGGUGCCUACAUCAAGCUCUACUGCGACCUGCCUCGGGGUGACUUUGAGGCCGUGUGGGACUGCGCCAUGGUGCGGCAUGUGGCCUGGCUCAUCUUUGCAGAUGGCCUCCUCUACUGCCCCGUGGCCUUCCUCAGCUUUGCCUCCAUGCUGGGCCUCUUCCCGGUCACCCCCGAGGCUGUCAAGUCGGUCCUUCUGGUGGUGUUGCCUCUGCCCGCCUGCCUGAACCCACUGCUCUACCUGCUCUUCAACCCUCACUUCCGGGAAGACCUUCGGAGGCUCUGGCCGAGCCCUCGGUCCCCGGGGCCUCUAGCUUAUGCUGCAGCCGGUGAGCUGGAGAAGAGCUCCUGCGACUCCACCCAAGCGCUGGUGGCUUUCUCUGAUGUGGAUCUUAUCCUGGAAGCUUCUGAGGCUGGGCAGCCUCCUGGGCUAGAGACCUAUGGCUUCCCUUCAGUGACCCUCAUCUCCCGUCAUCAGCCAGGGGCUACCAGGCUGGAGGGAAACCAUUUUGCGGAGCCUGAUGGAACCAAGUUAGGGAACCCACAACCUCCCAUGAAUGGAGAACUGCUGCUGAGGGCCGAGGGAGCCACAUUGGCAGACUGUGGCUCUUCUGCAGGUGGAGCCCUCUGGCCCUCUGGCCCUCUCUUUGCCUCUCACUUGUAAAUACCCCCCCCAUUUGUCCUCCCUCCUCCCAAUGAUGGCUGCUUAUAAAAGAAAGACAACUACAGCUCCACAGCAGAAUGGCCAACGCCCCUGGCUCCAUUGUUCACCCUGGCCAUAACAAUGUGUGCUUCCAGGUCUUGCUUUGUCUUGGCCUUCAGCUUCACGGUCGCCCUGGGCCUUCCCUGUCCAAUCCGAGUAUGUAUGACAGAGACCUGGGAAAUUUACUUAGGAGAAAGGAGGAAAGCAAAAGACAGUGAAGGCUGUGGGAGGCUGACAGAGUUGCGACCAGUGAGUACACAGUGAGCGGGGAGGCCUCACAGAGAAAGGCAUUGGAAGACAACUACCAAAGACAUUGGAGUGUCCCGCCUACGGCGUGUGGGUAGCAUAGAAAACGUGUUCUGCGUCCCACCAAUCUUGACCUAUGCUGUGCCAAAGGGCUUCCAGUUAAGAUACGCUUUGGGAGACAUUGCAUAUUAUUGCCCCUUUCUUAGAGUCAUGGGGUCAUGUUAGUGUCUAAAAGGUCCUGAGAAUUAGGACCUUUUGGCUUAAUGAUGACAGCAGUUAAAUGUAAUUAUUUGAUGAUAGGUUUCUGUUUGCUUUUCAUGGAACACUUACAAAUCUCUCGCAGAACUUAGCACGGUUUUCUCCCAGGGACCUCGUCUUAACACCGUGGAGUGCAACCCUAUGACAUCGCAAGAUGCCACCCUCUUCGAAAGCCCCUAAGAAGCCAAGCGUCAGAGGUGACUGGCAUCAUCAGGACAGAUUUUGCAUUCUGCUCCUCUCCCACCCCACUUAUCCUACUGGGGCAGACACCUGCAGAGCCUGCCUCAGUCCCACAGGUGGGGUGGAGAGAAAGAGAUCCUUGUGCGUGCUCCCAACCCAACCCCAAGCAAUAAUGAAAUUUCUGCCCUCAGCAAGACAGGAUUCUAAGGUCCUGGCAAGAUUUGCACUGCUCUAUGGGCUUCCCCAACUCUUACAUUACCUUCAUAUGGUUUUACACUGUAUGCAUCUCACCACAGCCCGGAACCUUUCUUCUCAUCCCAAUCCUGUUUGAGGGGGCGGGGGGCAGGGACGGACAACCCAAGACAAGGGAUAUUUGUGUUGUGGGUAUUGCAUCUUAUGGAGGGCUGUAGCUAACUGGGACUCCUGGGUGACCCCAACAGGCCUUUGAUCCUCUGUCUCUCCCCUCUUGAUCUUUCUUACCUUAUGCUUCCCCAAGUGCAGCUGAGGGACUACACAGUGGCUCCGCCCCACUCAAACACAGGAAAUCAAUCUCAGGAGAGG